CUGGAGAGGAGAGGCAGUGUUCCACUUGCGUCCGGGAUAGCCAUGUCUUGGCGCCGUGCUACCGCCCUCCUGGUGCUCGUGGGCGUGCUGCCGCUGCUGCUGCCGCUGCUGGGCGCGGCCACGGCCUCUGCGGCGCCCUCCUUGUCCGCGGACGGUGCGGGCGGACCGGGCGCGGCGCGCGCGGCCAGGGCGAGGGCCGUGGCCGGUGGCGGCGGGGCCAGCGGCGUCGUCCCGCGGAUGCGCCGGUUCCCCUUCCUGCUGCCGCAGGUGCCCCUCGACGUGCUGGACGACGACGAGGAGUCGCUGUUCGAGGCCAACAAGCGCCAGAUGUCGGACGACUACGGCCACAUGCGCUUCGGGAAGCGGGGCGGCGAGAACGACUUCGCCGAGUACGGCCACAUGCGGUUCGGCAGGGCCGCCGCGUAGUCCACGCGACUACCGCGCGAUGGAGUGAGAGGGACAGGCACACGGCGCGGAGCGGACGGCGAGGGUCUCGCGUCCAAGAGCACCGGCUGGCACUCUGGACGCCCCUGCCACGCCCCACCCACACCACCGGUGAAAACCAGCCCUGUGCGUUUGGGUCAAUAAACGUGUUUUCGCGCACUCCAACCCCGGUGUCAGCGCCGUCAUUCAUCCCCUUUGCUUCUCAGUCUCAAUCACACGCCGUUCAGCAUUCUCUGUCCUCAAAUGGGAACGUAAAAAAAAAAGCCAUUUUGUCUAGUAGUAUUUAUUUGUUGUCAUGAACAGAUCACAGUUUCUGUCUUAUGUGUAUCUUUUAUAAAUGAAAUAUUUGCCAAUAGUACAAGUACGAAUACAAAUUACUGAAACCUAAAAUAUAACAGUUUAAUAUAAUAGUUUUUUUCUGUAAAACUAUGUAAUGUAACAGAAGGCUGAUAAACUGAAAAUGAAACAAAGAUACACUUCAUAUAUGCACACAUUCAGGCUUCUGAAUGUCUGGAAAACUGGCCAAGGAGUAAAAUGUACAAUUUUUGACCAAACUAUAAUAACAUUUGGUGUCACUUGUCACCCAUAUUAGACACAUUUUUCAAAUAAUAUUAAUAUUUUAGAAGAGAGGAGCAGUACUUGCUUAUGACAAACAUCAAUAGUAAACAAAACAUAGCUAUUGACGUUAUAUCAAAUAAAAUCAUUUUCAAUAUCAUGGAAAAUGAACACACCAUCACAAUUGGUGCUACCACAAGAUGUGUACAGAACACACCACUUAUUAGAGAAAUGAGGAACGUACAAAACUGAAGACAAUGCUGAUAUGGGGUUAACAAGAUGCAGAAUUUGUUGCGAUGUGCGAUGACGUAUUAACACAUAGGCUGGAGUCCUGGAGGAAAAGUGCUCCAGUGUCUUGAUUGGUUCU